AUGUAUAGUUAAACAUAUGGAAAAUAAUAAGCUACUAAGACAGCAAAAUUGAAAUUCUUUUGUUAAAUGUGUAGAAAAUAAUGUUAUGAUGAAAAUGGAUUUCGUUGUCAUUUAAAUUCAGGUCAUCAUAUGAAAAUGAUGAGAUUAUAUAAUGAAGAUCCUGAUUUUUAUAUUGAAUAGUUUAGUUAAGAAUUUGAAACAGCUUUUAUGGAAAUACUAAAGGAAAAAUAUAAAGAUUAAAAGAUUGGCUCAAAUAAAGUUUAUGAAGAAAUGAUUAGAAAAGUAGAUCAUGUACAUUUAAAUGGAACUAAAUGGACUAAAUUAACAGAUUUUAUUUAAUAUUUGAUUACAAAUAACAAAAUUGGUUUUGAUCAUUCUUAAGGAGAUAUAAUUAUUUGGAAUAUUAAUUUCAAUCCAGAGAAAAUUAAAUACGAUAAAGUAGAAACAAAAAAAGUUAAAUUAGUUGAAAAAUAAAAUGCUCUUAUUGAUAAAUCACUUGAAAAGUUAAUAAUUAAAGGGUAAUAAUAAAAUGAAUAAGAUAUUAAUUAUCAAAAUGAAUAAGAGGAUUAAAAAAUAUAAGCAUAAUAAAAUAAUAGUAAUUAAGUCCAUUAAUAAUCAUAAGAUUAAUUUAUAUCUUUUGAUAUCAACUUCAACUAAGGAGGUAAGAAAGACAAUCAAGUUGUUUUAGAUAUUGAAACUCAAGGAAAUAAAUAAUGGAUUGAAGAAAGUCUACUUAAAUAAUAAAGUUCAAAAGAAAACAUGGAAAAAUUAUAUCAAAAUAUCAAAUAUAAAAAUAAUCAAAAUACAAUUAGUUAACCUUAAUAAACUUAAUAAUAAGUUGUUGAGGAUUCACCAUGGAUUAAAGAAAAUAUUGUUGUCAAAAUUAUUGAUUAAUAAUUAAAUAAUGGAAAAUAUUAUGGAAAAAAAGGAGUUGUUAAAAGAAUUAUAGAUUAAUUUGGAGGAUUGAUUGAAAUUUAAAAUAGUACUAAAGAAAAAGUAAUUAUUGAUUAGAAAUUCCUACAAACAGUCAUACCUAAAAUUGGAAAUUAAGUCAUGAUUUUGAAAGAAGGAGAUCACAGUGGAAAAGUUGGAAAACUUGAAAGUAUUCACUAAGACAAUUAUAGUGGUAGUAUAUAUUUAGAGAAUGAAGAUUUACUUUUGGAAAUACCAUUUGAUUUAUUUAGUAAAAUUAAUUGUGAAUGA